AUGUGCGCAUGGGCUGUUUGCGUUGGCUGUCUGAAUGAGCUGGAUUCAGCUUCCUCCUUCUGCGCAAGACCUGUUUGCAUUGGAACGCUGGAGGGACUGUUCUGCGAUUGGAGCUGCAGAGAGAGAGUGUUACAGCAGCUUCAGUGCACACCACUAGACAGUGUGCCUUGUGCAGUUGCUUUGUUACAAGAAGAGGCCUAUCACUGGUGGGACACCACGUCACAAACAGUGGAACCUGAGCAGCGGACUUGGAAAUUCUUUCUGGCUGAGUUUCGGAAGAAGUAUAUUGGAGAUUUGUAUCUAGAUGAAAAGAGAAAAGAGUUCAUGUAUUUGAGACAGGUCAGGAUGACUGUUAGCGAGUAUGAAAAAGAUUUCAUCAGAUUGAGUAAGUAUGCCCGGGAAAUGGUGCCUACAGAAGAAGCUAGAUGUAAGAAAUUUGAGCAGGGUUUGCAUAAUGACAUUAGGGUGCUUUUGGCAGCCCAAGAGAGUUCUCUACUCUGGUGUGGAUCCACUGAGCAUCUUAUGAGAGACUGUCCUAGGGGACAGGUAUCAUCAGCACCACCAAUAGAAAGGCCUAUUCCUGCUGGAUCUAGAGGAAGAGGAAGGGGUAGAGGUAAUCAAACAGGGGCAGCUUCAGCCAGUCAGAGGAUGUCUGAAAUAGUAGAUAGACCAAACUUCAGAACACCUGCUAGAGCCUAUGCCAUCAGUGCUAAGGAGGACAGAGACUCCCCAGAUGUGAUUGUUGGUACAUUCUCAAUCUUUGAUAAACCUGUGCAUGCAUUAAUAGACCCAGGAUCAACACAUUCAUACAUAUGUUUACCCAUUAUCAAUGAGGGGAAAUUACAGGCAGAUUCUCUAAACCAAGAUAUAAUAGUAACCAACCCCCUUGGUCAUAGUGUGAUAGUGAGUAAAGUAUAUAGGGAUUGUCCUAUAUCCAUCCAUGGUCAGACUUUCCAUGGUGAUUUGAUAGAAUUACCCUUUAGAGAAUUUGAUGUAAUCCUUGGCAUGGACUGGUUAUCUAAGCAUCGGGUAAUAGUAGAUUGUAGAUCAAAAAGAAUUAUAUUAAAAACACUUGCAGAUCAUGAUGUGGUAGUUGUAGGGGAGAGAUCAGAUUACCUGUCUAAUAUUAUAUCGGCCACUACAGCUAGGAGAUUAAUCAGCAAGGGUUGUGAAGCCUACCUAGUAUGUGCACUUGAAACCAAAAAGGAGAAUCCAAGUAUGCGUGACAUAUCCACAGUGUGUGAUUUCUCUGAUGUUUUUCCUGAUGAUCUUCCUAGGUUACCACCAGAGAGAGAGGUGGAAUUUGCCAUAGAUGUUAUACCAGGCACUGCACCUAUCUCUAUUGUUCCUUAUAGGAUGGCACCUACUGAACUAAAAGAGUUAAAAAUACAAUUACAAGAAUUGCUUGACAAGGGUUUCAUACGACCUAGUAUCUCACCUUGGGGCGCACCUGUAUUGUUUGUAAAAAAGAAUGAUGGGACACUAAGGUUGUGUAUAGAUUACAGGCAACUAAAUAAGGUGACAAUUAAAAAUAAAUACCCUUUGCCCCGAAUAGAUGACUUGUUUGAUCAGCUAAAAGGAGCAAGUGUCUUUUCUAAAAUUGAUUUGAGAUCGGGUUAUCAUCAAUUGAAGAUAAAAGAAUCAGAUGUCUCUAAAACUGCUUUUAGAACCCGAUAUGGACACUAUGAAUUUCUUGUUAUGCCUUUUGGGUUAACUAAUGCUCCUGCAGCUUUCAUGGACUUGAUGAACCGCAUUUUUCAUCCCUACCUGGAUCAGUUUUUAGUAGUGUUCAUAGAUGAUAUCUUAAUAUACUCAAAGACUAAAGAAGAACAUGAUCAACAUUUGAGGAUAGUAUUACAGACUCUGAGAGAGAAACAACUUUAUGCCAAGCUUAGUAAAUGUGAGUUUUGGCUAAAUGAUAUAUCCUUUCUUGGACAUGUUGUGUCAGCUGAAGGAAUCAGAGUAGACCCUAAAAAGAUAGAAGCUAUCCUUGAAUGGAAACCACCUAAGAAUGUAGAAGAGAUUAGAAAUUUUCUAGGUUUGGCUGGAUACUAUAGUCGGUUUGUAAAGGGAUUUUCAAUCAUUGCUGCCCCAUUGACUAAAUUGCUGCACAAGAAUGUUAAAUAUGACUGGGAUGACAAAUGUCAUAAGAGUUUUGAAAAGCUUAAAAAGAUGCUUACAGAGGCACCUGUCCUUAUACAGCCAGAAUCGGGUAAAGAUUUUGUGAUCUACAGUGAUGUCUCACAUAAUGGGCUAGGUAAGGCCAAUCUGGUAGCAGAUGCACUUAGCAGGAAAUCAUUUGCUGCUCUAAGAGCUUUGAAUGCUCGUCUAUCUUUAGCCAAUGAUGGGGCUAUCAUAGCAGAACUAAAACUUAGACCCAAUCUACUUCAACAAGUCCAGGAAGCACAGAAAGGGAAUACCGAAAUAGCAUUGUGGAUAAGGCAAGUCCAAGAGGGGAAGAAGCAGAAACAUGUGGUUCGAGAUGAUGGCUAUUUGUAUUAUGAAGGCAGAAUAUGUGUACCUAAUGUCGAUGACCUGAGGAAGAACAUUCUGGAGGAAGCACACAAUAGUUCAUAUGCUAUGCAUCCUGGUAGCACUAAAAUGUAUCAAGAUUUGAAAUUGCAUUAUUGGUGGCCAGGUAUGAAGAAAGAUAUAGUUGAAUUUGUGGCUAAAUGUCUGAUUUGUUAG